AUGUUACUGGACAUGAAUAGAUUGCCAACUGUAAUCAGUUGUUGCUUUUGUUGUUUCUUGCGAGCUGGAACUGUUAUGAUAUCGAUAUUCUCUUUCAUUGGAGGAUUAUUGUUCGCACCAAAUGUGGCCGCCGCAAAAGGCUUCUGGAACUUGGAUCCCUUGCUCUCAUACUACAGCGCGGCCACUGAAGUGUCGAUACAGAUCACAAUUGGUGUAGUGUCCAUCAUGUUGUGUGUAGCCAGCGUGUUUCUUUUAAUUGGAGCCAUAUGUAACAUGCCAAUUCUAAUAUUGGUAUAUCAAUGGAUUGCAUUUAUAUACAGCUGUAUAAUUUUUAUCCUGUUCUUCGUGCUUGCCUUGUUCUGUUUCUUUGUGCACUCCAAUUGCAUUUUGGCUGGUGUAGUGCUGUGCUUUUUGAUGGUGUUUGAAGUUUUACUAACUGUCUACUUUUUGAUCGUCUCAAACAGCCUCCGUCAAACACUGGUGUUAAUAUCAGGUUCAAAUUCAAUGCUCUGA